UUUUUUCAUGGUUUUCCAAACAAUGAAAUCUUUCCACUUUUAAUAAUAAAAUAAAAAAAAAACAACCAAAAUAUGACGUUUUCUUUUUCUCUUUAUCCUGAUCUAGGAUAAAAAUCAUAGUAGUUGUUAUCUUUAUAAACAUAAUAAUAGAAUGACAUUACAUGUAAUCAUGUCAGCUUCUUCCAACCGUCAUCAACCCCAUCCACAUCAUAAUACAACGACAGCAACGAGGACGAUGAAUGCUGCAGCUGGUGGCGUUGGUGGCACUAAAUCAACUUACUCUUUCACAACCACAUUAUCUACGAGUGAUCGAAAUUUUAUAGAAUUUACUCGCUGUCUAUAUAAAGCAAAAUCGAUAUUGAAUGAAUUGGAAAAUCUAAAAGAAGGUUCUACCACCGUCAAGAAAGAACGUAUUGCUUCUUUUAAACAAGAAGUGUUGAAUGAAUGGACAAGAGCAAUAAGACUGAAGCAGGGUUUACAGAGGCAUCACACGAUAACACCGCCAUCACCCUCUCCAACGUACCUCCCAACACAACCGUAUCCUGCUGUUUAUGAAAGCCAUCCUUAUCCUAUGCGCGGUAAAUUAAGACCCGUACCACAACAGAAUAAUAGCAGCAGCAGCAGCAGCAGCAGCAAUAGUAGUUUUGCUGAUGAUGAAGCAGUGCAAGAUGCAGAUGAUAGUAUGAGUAGCCUCAGCAACAACGAUAAUGACGAUAGCAUCUAACAGUUUAAACCAACUUCAUUCUAUUCCAUUGAGUACUCAACCGGUCACCUAGCAUAUUUAUCUCUCUCUCUCCUCUUGGCAUUGGACACUUUCCUUUUUUUUUUUUUUUCCUGGUUUUUUGUAUCAUAAAACAGUGUGUAG